UGAAGAACCAAUGAACAUAAAUCGUGGAACGUGACGUAAGGUUCCCUGUAGAAAAGGCGCGGAGUGUAUCUCAAGGCCAGAGACCGCGGAACAGUGAUAGGGGCUGCCUGCUUGAGUCUUAAUGUAUAGUCUUAGUCGACUCCUCCUUCUCGAUUACUCACAUGCAUCUUUCUUGGCAAAGAGAAAAAAAAUACUAAAGGAAAACAGCUUCUCUCAGACCUCCAACAGGAUCCAAAAGCAACAAAAAUUCAAAUUGAUAACGAGUUAUAGCUUUUGUUUUGUUAAAAAGCAUAGGCUACAUGUAGAUUUUCAUAACAUCAAUGCUGUUUUAACACCAACUUGGACAGUGUAUUUUAGUUAUGUGACAAACUGAAGAGGACGCAGCUAUACAUGGAGAUGCACGCGCCUACAAUCUCAGACGCUGUUGUGUUCUUGGUUUUUUCUAUUCCUUCGAUUCGUGUGGAAAUCAUGUUAGUGUUACAGUGAUGCAGGAGUAGAGGAUUCCAAUAAAAGUAGCCACAGUGUCCAUUGGUCGAGUUAGUAUUGGUCGGCGAAGGACUAAUUCAUUCGUUUACUAAUGCCCUGCAAAAUGUUUUAAUCCAAAUUCCCCUGAAGAAAUAGGAGGGACCAGUAGCAGACCCAUGCAACCGGGCUUCGAUAGUUGGUAUGUUUUUAAUUCCUUAGGAAUUAUAUAGCAAAUGGCAUUUCUUCUCUCAUGAUAAUGGAAUAACAUAUUGGUAUGCUGCAUAUAAUUAAUUAGCAUUAGUAAAACGACGGAUUCCGUCACUUUAAUUACUGAAUUAUAGCCUAUGAGAGAGAGAUGCAGAGAUUCGGAUGAUGAUUUCCAUUGGCAGAUGAUAGUGUGGAGAACACGUGUCCAUUUUUGCCUCACAUUUUUUUUCUGACCCGGAAUUCUUACAUGUCACACCAAGAAGGGAAAUAAUCUGACUGCCAAUGCACGGGCUAGGUUUGCGUCUUAUGGAAAUCUUUGGUUGCAGAUCUGAGGAAAACACGUAUAAUAUCAUCCCCUCUGCGGCAACGAUGCUUUUCCACGGACUCCCUGGAGGCGACAUGCACGGUGUUGUGGAAGAAAUGGAGCGGAGAGGAAAGAGCGAAUCCGCAGCUAUCAGUUCGGCCAUAGACAUGGGAGAAUCUGAAACGAACAUGCAGUGCAUGAACAGUGACAGGGUGGCUCUGUGCGCGGGCUGCGGUGGGAAGAUUGCUGACCGCUACUACCUGCUCGCGGUAGACAAACAAUGGCACAUGCGCUGUCUCAAGUGCUGCGAGUGUAAACUCAACCUGGAGUCCGAGCUCACCUGCUUCAGUAAAGACGGAAGCAUCUACUGCAAGGAAGAUUAUUACAGAAGGUUUUCGGUCCAGAGAUGUGCCCGGUGCCACCUCGGGAUCUCGGCCUCAGAGAUGGUGAUGCGGGCCAGGGACUUGGUGUACCACUUGAACUGUUUCACCUGCACAUCCUGCAACAAGAUGCUAACGACUGGGGACCACUUUGGCAUGAAAGACAGUCUGGUCUACUGUCGGCUGCACUUUGAAAAUCUCAUACAGGGGGAAUAUCAGACACAUUUCAAUCAUGCGGAUGUAGCCUCUCACAAAGGACUGGGACCUGCCAACGCUUUGGGACUAUCCUACUUCAACGGCGUGGGGACUGUGCAGAAAGGGCGGCCCAGGAAAAGGAAAAGUCCCGGGCCAGGAGCAGAUUUAGCAGCCUACAAUGCCGCACUCAGCUGUAAUGAGAACGACGGUGACUCUAUGGACAGGGACUCCUACAGCUCCAGUCAGAAGACCAAGCGCAUGCGGACCUCCUUCAAACACCACCAGCUGAGGACCAUGAAGUCCUACUUUGCCAUCAACCACAACCCAGACGCCAAGGACCUGAAGCAGCUGGCCCAGAAGACUGGCCUCACCAAGCGUGUACUACAGGUCUGGUUCCAGAAUGCUCGGGCCAAGUUCCGGCGGAACCUGAUGAGACAGGAGAACACGGGCGUGGACAAGACCUCAGACGGCUCCACCCUGCAGGGGGGCACACCCUCUGGCCCCGCCUCAGAGGCCUCAAUGAGCCCCUCCAGCACACCCACGACCCUGACGGACCUGACCAACCCCACCAUGCCCACCGUCACCUCCGUGUUAACCUCUGUGUCUGUCAGCAUGGAUGUUCACGAAUGCAGGAGCCCAUCGCAGACCACCCUGACCAGCCUGUUCUGACGCCCCCUCACAGACUGCCCCCUUCAGCUUCCUCUGAUGCCCCCAACCCUUUAAGCAAACACCCUGACCAGCCUCUCCCCUGACCCCCCCCCCCCCCCCCCCCCCCCGACUCUGUCCACUCGGAACCUAAACACAGACCCUUGACAGAGACAUUGAAUGGACUAGUAAAACUAAGGUAAAGGAAAAAGGAUCUUACUUUUACUCUGAGCCCAUUUUAGAAUAUUUUGCAUAGUGAGGCUGCAAAGCCUUGCAGAAGGAACCGUUGUUGUUAUUCUGUUGUUGUUGUUGUUGUUGUUUUGUUGAGAACUGAAGAGACUUGAUUUGCAUUUUUCAGUGUUUACAGAAUGAAACUUGGGGAAAAGAAGAAAAAAAACUGCUUAAUUUUGGAAAUUCAUUUUUUCCAGCACAAUAUUUAUGUUGUUGUACAGGAGUCACUGUUAGGAAACAUUGAGAAGGAUUGUAAAAUGAUGGGAAAUCUGAGAUUAAACACAGGCUAAGAUAUCCUAAGACUGCAAUGUGCCUUACACUCCAUUUUAUCUUCAAUUGGCCCCAACAUAUCCAGACCUAUUUCUCCCAGUAACAUCAGAUAGAUACACAUGUUUUGAACCAACAGAGACUAUUUUGGAUCAAGGGUAUAGGAGUAAAUGUGUGUGUGUUCCGUGUGUCUGGUGCAUGUGUCUGUGUGUGUGUGUGUCUGUGUGGGUUUGUGGUCUUAACUGCUGUUGAAUAAAUCAAAAAUUACAUAUUUACACGCACACACAAACACAGAUCUGGCGUAUGAUAUCAUACAAUAGGUUGAAAUGAAACAGCCAAUGAAAGCUUGUUUUGUUUUGAAAUAUUGUGAUCUUACGAUUUGCAUUUAUCUUACAAGAACAUCAAUUCUAUACCUCAUUUACAUAAGAACUUGAUAUCAAUGAAGAUGGUUUUGCUGGCUAAAUCCUGCUGUGACACACAGUGCACACUGGCAUCCCGACCUCUUACCUCAACUCAGCUUCCACUGUUCAACACAACUGGGAAUUUUGAAUUGCAAUUGGUCAAAAUGUUGUUUCCCCCACCAGGAGUUGAAGCACUAAAAGCCAAUAUAAGGCUAUUUUCAAGUGUAUCUUUAAUCAGACACAAUGUAGCAUGAUAUGUGUAGGCAGCGUGUUAUGUCCAACCAAGAGAAAAGGCCAGCUAUUUAUAUUUGUGUUACAGUAAAUACCAUAAUUAUCAUAAAGCUCUAAUUGUGGGCUUCUGUUUAAGUUGUGCAACCAUUUACUUCCAAAUUCUGUUACGUGAAACAACAGUCAACUGGCUACAAAUGUUUAAUUUUCCCUUUUGUAUACAGUAUCACAAGCCAGAUAUUUUACUCAUAGGGAAAAAAAAAUGAGUUUACGAGUGAGAAUACGCAGUCAUACGGUUCCUUCCACCUUCAUCCCUCAAACACUACUACUACUACUACUACUACUACUACUACUACUACUACUACUACUGUACCAGCUACUGGUCUCCAAUGAUGUAUGGUUAUUGACUGAGGACUUACUGUUUUCCUGCACCUUCUUGUACAGAUCCUGACCCUUCGAUGUAGUCUUCAGUUCUGUAAGAAAUAUAAAAAAUUCAUUAUAACUUAUGUCAUCCUUACAAAUUUGUUCCUUCACGUCUGUGAGUUUUGUAUUACACCAUUAAAAGCACUAACCUAUUUUGCAUUGCUCGACUAAAGCCUCACAUUGAGAUGGUCUGUCAUCUAUCUACUGUAGUGGAUGGUGGUACUGUAGAUGUAUUGUCAUAGGAUCAAAUCUGUCUCUACAUAUGCAUUCCCUUCCUUUCAGCAUUCCAGGGAUUCUGUGCUUGUGUGGCAGAUCCAGUCUAGAACCAUUAUUGGAAUUGCAGAAAUGAGGGUCAUGAGAGGCUUGCUCACAUAACCAUUCAGACCAGGGCCGACUGGAUUUUAUAUGAGCUAAUGUUUUUUAGGGGAAUUUACUCGGCCACAGACAGUUGAAGAAGAUCUGAACUCUCACAAUAAAGGCACGGUUUGGACCAACCUCUAAGCCCCUGGUAUAAAACUGGUCACUUAGCAUCCGCCAUGUUGGCUCCGAGUUAUAGUAUGUCAACAGGCUGGUGGUGCUACCAUACGUGACCCGGGUUGCUGUACACACUAUGUCAACCAACCCGUUAACAUUUAACAGUAAGCCAACAUAGAAACACCUACUCCGUGUGGACCAGAAAAGUUAGCAACAAAACAAGCUUCUCUAACAAAGAGACCGUUGAUUGGGGUUGGUAAUCAUAAAACAAACUGUUUCGUGGGCAGCUUUCCCCUCUCAGCUGGGGCAAUAUGUGUCCCAUUUUCUCAUGGCACCAGUGACCGCCCGCUCAGCUGAAACUAAUAAUAUGAGGAAUUUCAUCUCUGAUUGUAAAUCCACACCAAGCCAGACUAAAGGCGUCCGCAUGGUCCCUCACUGAAACAGUUCGGAAGAGUUCGUGCAUAUAUUAUGAUGACAUUUUUGUGACGAUUUUGUUCAUUUUGGACUUCGGUAAGGGUUUUGUUUGGUUG